AUGAAUGACAACAUUGAGCUCGGCGCGCUCAACAAAGUUGCACAUGCUAACUUCUGCAAACGAUGUCUAUACGGCUUGCCUUCUGAGAUGGCAGAGGCGGACUCUGCACGCGUCGCGAUUGGAUUCUACUGUCUUGGCGCACUCGAUAUCCUAGGCCUGCUAGACACAAAGAUAAGUAAUGAAGAUAGAGAGGCAUGGCGUGUGUGGAUCUGGUCGCAACAAGUGAAGAGGCCAGGACGGGUUAAUGAAGGCGCAGGUAUGGACAUAACAUUUCGGAAUGACAAUCGGGAUACAAAGGCAGUGCAUAUAGGCGGAUUUCGUCCUGGCCCGUUUAUGCAUGUUGAGUUUAACGAGUCGGAAGCCCAAGCCACGCAUGCACUAGAUGCCGACCUGCCGCAUCUAAUCAUGACAUACACCGCGCUACUCAGUCUAGCGAUUCUCCGGGACGACUUCUCGCAACUCGACAGACAGGGUCUCAUCGGUCUCUUGCGAGCGACUCAAAAGGAUGACGGAAGCUUCAGCGCGGUCCCCGGACAAGGCGAAGCCGACAUCCGAAUGGUAUACACCGCAUUCGCAAUCUGUGCGAUGCUAGACGACUGGACGGGCGUUGACGUUUCCCGUGCGCUUGCGUUUGCGCGCGGGUGUAUGAGCUAUGAGGGUGGGUUUGGGCAGGCUCCCGGAAAUGAAGCGCAGGGUGAGCGUUCCGUUUCAUCCUUUCAUUUCCCGAGCAUGCCUUUCUCCCCUGAAAACGACUUCCCUGGUGAGGCGCAGUACUAUCACGCGCUUCAGCAGCUUAUCGCUCGUUCCUCGUAUCUCGCCCUCAUGCUUAUCACAAGCUUGAUUCAUAAACUAUUAUCAAGCCCCUGUCCUGAAUCGGGCUUCGUCGAUCCUGCGUUAUAUCCAUUCAUUUUAGGUUCCUUGUCAUUUUAUUUACGUGGCCCGACGUAUUGCGCGCUAGCGACGCUCGCUCUUGCACCCGAGACGCACUGCGCCGAGGCUACGUUGAGUAAAGAGGAGAGGAAGAGGACAGAGCGAUGGCUUGUACAACAACAACAGGCGUUGUACGUCCUAGAAGAAACUGGAGAAGGUACCAGCGGAAAAGAAGGGGAAGUAGAGGGUGGCGGGUUUAGCGGUCGAACGGAAAAAGAAGGAGAUGCUUGCUACAGCUUCUGGUGCGGAGCUGCAUUGCGGAUAUUACGUUCUGGAGCACUCGGCGGACAGGAUUCAUCAACAAUGUCAUCGCCAGACUCGUCAAAGCGUUAUCCACAAGCACAAUCACACGACAUCGAAUCUACCUCGAGUCCCAGACCCAGUUCCUUAGACAACGACUUCGAACGCCAACGACAAGACGAAGAAUCCGACUUUGUCGAACGACUCACGCACGCACGGUUCCUCUCGCGUUGUCAAUUCCGACUAGGUGGACUUGCAAAAGCGCCUGGUGCGCAUCCUGAUCCGUAUCAUACGUACCUUGCACUCGCCGCGUUGGCUCUUUACCCUCCAUACCCUUCUAAUUCUUCGUCUUCUCUCCCCCCGGACUCUCGUCAUGACACGGAAGGAGAUGGAAAACUCAAAAGGGAAAGAGAAAGCUGGAACCUUGCACGAUUGGAUCCGUUGAUUAACGCAUCGGUGGAAACGGCUCGGUGGGCGUGUGAGAGGAUCUCGGGGAAGGUGUCGCCUACGGAGUAG